AUGGUUGAUUUUCAUUUAGUUGUGAAGUUUGAUUCAACAAUAUGGAAUGUAAUGGCCCUCGCAACUCUCAAUAACUGCAACAAAAAGAAUCCGAAAUUUUAUUAUUCUCAUUUAUCGGUCAUCUUCUUCAUCGACAAGCUCAAUCAUCGCGGCAUCUCUAAUGUUGAAACCGGGAAAAAUGGCGUCGGAGGCCAUCAAGCCUUUCUCCGCUGCCUCCUCUUACUUCUCGUUCCGUCACUCCUUUGUCACCUUCCGCCCGGCGAUCCUCCGGCUGCCGCAGUGGCAGGGGGCCCCGGGGUUGGGCCUCACAAAUCGCCUACAAUAGCGGCCAAGCGAAGCCCUAAACGCCUCAAAUACUCCUCCCAGCGCCUUUACAAGAAGGGGGAGGAGAUGAUCUAUGUGGACAUGGACCCGGUGGUGGAAGAUACCUGGAAGCUGGAACCUGUGGUGAGGCUAAUCAAAGACGGAGCGGUCGGUGUAAUCCCCACGGAUACUGUGUAUGCUAUUGUUUGUGAUUUGCGAAGUUACUCCUCGAUUGAACGUCUUAGAAGAAUUAAGGGUGUGGGGAACUCAAAGCCCCUUAGUAUCCUGUGUCGUUCUUUACAAGACAUCGACACAUAUACGACAGGCUUCCCUCGGGGUAAUGCCUAUGGACAGACUAAUAUCUUCAGAGCUGUCAAACAUUGUCUGCCUGGGCCCUAUACCUUUAUACUACCUGCUAGUAAAGAAUUACCAAAACAAUGCAUUAGGAGUGGCUCUACUGCUAAAUAUUCAACAAGAAAGCAUGUCGGUGUUCGGAUACCCGAUGACAACAUUUGCCAGACCAUAUUAAAUAAACUUGAUGCUCCUUUGAUAAGCACAAGCGUCAAGUGUCCGGCAGAAAACCAGUGGAUGAUUAACCCUGUAAUGAUAGCUGAUAUUUACGAGCCGGAGGGUCUGGAUUUUCUUGUUGAUGGUGGAGUCCGAGUGGCAGAUCCUUCCACGGUUGUUGAUAUGACAAGAAUUCCUCCGACAAUUAUUCGGCUAGGAAAGGGCCCAAAGUUGGAUUGGAUGGAAGUUCAAGGUGAGGAUGCUUCAGCACAGGAAGCUCUCCUUCCAAUACCAGUUUGAGGCCUGAAUUUG